UCGAAACCGCCAUUUUCCCGGAAAAAAAAUCCAGAGAACGGAGAAGUGCGUCCUCCGCACUCUUCCUUGUUUCUCUAAACCUUUGUUUCCUCUUCUUCUACACAUUGAUCCUUUUGAUUUCUCUUUAAUCGGAACCAGACGGCUCAAAAUAUGUCGAUUCGCAAUCUGCUCAAUUGCGGGAUUUCUCGCCAUUUUCUUGCGUCCUGGAUCGUCCUCAGCUGUUUUCCAGGAUUGAUCUUUUCGGCGGUAGUAACGCUGGAUUCGAUUCAGAUAUUUGAAACACACGAGUGGCUAGCUGUUAAACCCACCAUUUAUUUCGCAUGUAACGGGCAAAACAAGACGGUGUUGCCUGAUGUCAAAAAGACAAACAUAUUGUACGUUUUCAAAGGGGAAGAAUCUUGGCAGCCACUAACAGAACUUGAAAGCAAAAGGUGCAAGCGGUGUGGGAUCUAUGAGCAAGAUGCUAUUAAAUCGGAUGACGAAUUUGAUGAGUGGGAGUUUUGUUCUUCUGAUUUUAAAGAUGGGAAAUAUAUUAGAGUCAAAGAAAAGGAAUUCAAUGCUACUUUCCUAUGUCCACAAUGCACUUCUCUUCCAAUGGGUGCCAGUAAACCAUCCGCCUCAGAUAAUGGGGUGAAUAUAAGACAUAUUGCCAUAGUCAUAGUGAUUAGUGCAUUGGUUUCAACUGUUAUGAUUAUUGCAGUGGUGGCAGCGUAUAAGGGCUGGCAAAAGAAGAAGAGGCAACAAGACCAGGCUCGGUUUUUAAAGCUAUUUGAAGAUGGGGAUGACAUUGAGGAUGAACUUGGUCUUGGACCAUAGUCUAUGUAAUGAGAUGGUACACUGGUAGCCUCCUGUAGAGUAAGUUGAUCUUACUCAAGUUUUGCCUGUUGUGGGGCACAAAAGAGGAGAGAAUCACUUACACUGCAAAUUUUGAAAAUGCUUUUGAGAAACCGUGUAUUUUGAGGUAGCAGGAUAUAUACCAAUUUAUUAUUAUUAUUUUUUAGUACGUAGAGAAUAUGAGUCAAACCUUAGACCUUAGCUAAUAAUAGGGGUAAUUCAAC